ACUUUUUAUCUCUGGUCACUUUGUUACUGGUGUUCGAAGAAGUGUGGCUUUUAUAAUUAGAGCGUAAAUUUUGUACAACCAUGAAUACAAUUGGAAUUUAUGAGGGAUAUAAAUCUCCAUUAAGUACGCGUUAUGCCAGUAAAGAAAUGCAAUUUCUGUUUAGCGACCAGCACAAAUUUGCAACUUGGAGACAAUUAUGGGUUUGGUUAGCAAAGGCAGAGCAGUCGCUGGGUCUGGAUAUAAAUGAUGAGCAAAUAGCUGAAAUGCAAGCACAAGUGAAAGAUAUAGAUUUUGAAGCUGCAGCCGCUGAAGAGCGCCUUACACGGCACGACGUCAUGGCACAUGUACAUAUUUUUGCAAACCAGUGCCCUAGAGCGGCACCUAUAAUUCAUUUAGGAGCUACAUCGUGUUAUGUUGGAGACAAUACGGAUCUUUUAAUUAUGCGUGAUGCAAUCGAUAUACUUCUGCCACGAAUUGCGUUAAUAAUAUGCCGUUUAAAAGAUUUUGCUUUAAAAUUCAAAUCCCAACCGACAUUGGGAUUCACACAUUUGCAACCUGCCCAACUUACUACAGUUGGUAAGCGAGCUUGUCUGUGGAUCCAAGAUUUACUUAUGGAUGAAAGAGCACUACGUCGCUGUCGAGAGGAUUUGCGUUGUCGGGGAGUUAAGGGUACAACAGGAACUCAAGCGUCUUUUCUACAACUUUUUAAUGGGGACGAUGAAAAGGUUAAACAACUAGAUUUGCUAGUAACGAAAUUAUCUGGGUUCGAUAAAUCCUAUUCUGUUACUGGCCAAACUUAUUCAAGGAAAGUUGAUGUCGAAGUUAUUGGUGCUAUAUCUAGUUUAGGCACGAGUAUUCACAAAAUAUGUUCAGAUUUACGUUUAUUAGCUUCACGAAAGGAGGUAGAGGAACCAUUCGAAAGUACGCAGAUUGGAUCAUCAGCAAUGCCAUACAAACGGAAUCCCAUGAGAUCAGAGCGCUGUUGUGCAUUAGCAAGGCAUUUAAUUACAUUAUUUUCAAAUGCUGCCAACACUCACGCUACACAAUGGUUAGAACGAACACUUGAUGAUUCGGCUAAUCGUCGUUUAACGUUAUCGGAAGCAUUUUUAGCGGCAGAUGCAGCAUUGUUAACAUUUUUGAAUAUCUCGCAAGGACUUGUGGUUUAUCCAAAAGUUAUUGAACGGCAUAUUGCACAAGAAUUACCUUUUAUGUCCACUGAAAACGUAAUUAUGGCCAUGGUUAAAGCGGGGGGUGAUCGCCAAAUAUGCCACGAAAAGAUACGAAUUCUAUCACAAGAAGCUGGGGCGCAAGUUAAACAACAUGGAAAGGACAAUGAUUUAGUUGAUCGAGUUCGCAAGGACCCUUAUUUCGAACCGAUUCUUGACAAACUUGAUGAAAUACUUGAUGCUCAAACUUUUACAGGACGUGCUAGUGCACAAGUGAACGAUUUUGUAAAUGAAGAAGUUGAUCCUAUUUUGGAAAUUUAUAAAGAAUCAUUAAAAACAAUAGAAAAUGUUCAAUUAAAUAUUUAAUUAAGUUAUAAAAUAUAAUUUUAUAAAGAUAUGCUAAACAACCUUUAAAACAUUCACUACAGUUGAACCGAAGUUAUAAUCCACAAAUAAAGGUUUUUGCGUUUUAUGUUCGAUUAAAUUAUCGUAUAUACAUAUACAUUAUGUACAUAUGUAUGCCAAUCAGUGCAGUCCACUGAAUGAUGGAAAAAUCAUCUUUAUAUCUCCGAGAGGUGAUAGCGGGGUGGAGCAAAGUGGUCUUAUCUCUUACGCACAAUCGUUAAGCCAGACAAACAUAUGAAUUAUGUGUGGACAAAUAUGCAAACUAAAUUAUGAAUAUGAAUGUUAAAGCAAAAAAUGAUAACAAGUUUAUGUACGUCUAAUCCAAUUUAUGUGAAUUAAUUUAAUGCUAUACAUUGGGUAGUCGAAAAAAUC